AUGAAAUACAGAAUGAUACGGCCUGCGGUGUAUCCCCAGCGGUUCAUGUCAUCCCCGACAUUUGCUCUGGACUAUGGUGAAGGAGAGCUCGCGGUGCUCCCUCCUCACACUAAAGUCGUAGUCACUGGAAACAACAGGACGAGAUCUGUGCUCGUUGGCUUGCAGGGGGUUGUGAAGAAAUCUGUGGGGCUCGGUGGCUGGCAUUGGCUGGUAAUUCAUCUUCUUUCUGUAUAGAACAGCCAUAGUUUCUCGUCAAAGUUUCCUGGGUUAGACUUUAAUGGCUACUUUUUCCCUGAACUCCCAAGGUCUUAACGAAUGGUGUUGAGGUGAAGCUUCAGAGAAAUGCACUCAGCGUCAUUGAGGCCCCAACUAGGGAGCAGGAAGAUCAUUGCAAGAGCCUUCUGUCUGGUUCUUCCCAUUUGCAAUUUACCACACGACCUCAACAGAAGCUGGUAUUCUGCCUUCCUAUGUCUUCAACCUCUCAUCUUAUAAAAUACUGGUGAGACUGUGCCUUCAUUAAUCUAUCUGCUCAAAUAUGCUGCAGACUGUGGAUAUAGGGAAAUUGGGAGCAGUCUCUUUAUGGAGAUAUUGGAGGCAUUUUAAGCUUGUAAGUUUAAUCUCCUAUAUUCUACCAGUCGGAUGUUAACAUCUUAACAAUUUUAAUAAAAACAAGGAGAUGAAUUCAAUAACGGAAAUCGAAAUUCAGGGGGCGUUCAAGUUUGUCAUUGCUCCUGCCAUUCUAUUGUUCUCCGAACUUCAUCUACAGGCUUGCUAUUCUGAGUUGCUUUUAUUCUUACCUCCUACUAGGACGGGAAGAACGUGCCCUCCUCCAAGGCACAGCUGAUUGAAGCUGUUGAACGACAUUUUAUUUCUCAGGUAGCCAACCAACCCUUUUCUUAAACUUUGUUUUUCUCCAUUGUGUCUGUGAUCCUGCUUAUCAUGGUAAAACUCAAUAGAGAUAUACACACUUAUGUAGUCCCAUAUGGAUGGGAGGAGAUCAAAUCUAUGGUUGAAGGACAUGGUUCUACUUUACUCGUUGCCAGUCAUAUUUGAGUUGGAUGAAUUGAAUCUUUCACACGCACACACACACACACACACACAGAGACUCUUACCUAUGUUUUCAGUUGACAUCAUUCUUUGAUUUAUGCACAUCAUACUAGAGUUGUUUCCGGAGUUUCAUCAGUAUUCUUUCAUUAUCUAUAUAUAUAUAUAUAUAUAUAUCAAUGGAAGCGAGGGAGAGAGAUGGAGAGAGAGAGAGAGAGAGAGAGAGAGAGAGAGAGAGAGAGAUUUGUUAUGUACUUUGGUUCUCAUCAUUCUUUCCCAGAACUCUGAUUCCAUGAUUUGGUUUUUGUGAAGAAUUUGGACGAGUCCCAGGUCAUAGCAGACUUUUUACAUGCUGCAAAGCGCCUGAGGCAGUCUGUGCAUGGGCAUCCUUACUAG